GUGUUGGCUAUGAGAUUACUACUUUUCAACUUAUUAAUAGCUGGUUGGGUGUAUUCACAGUGUCCUACACUGCAGCUCCAGGAACCUUGCACAUGCACAUCCACAAGAUAUGAAGCUGUGAGCAUAAACUGUGACGGAGGAAGCUCGCUGGACGCAGUCCUAGAAUCACUCUCGAACUCACCUCAAGCUAUUGACAGUUUAACCAUCAGCAAUACACCAAUCGAAAAGAUGCCCGGCUACGCAUUCCAAGGGUUUCAAAUCAAAAAGCUGUUCCUACGAAAUAAUGGGUUGCGAAGCUUCCAUCCAAACACUUUUACCGGAAAUCUUGAAAACUCGUUAGAAGAAUUGGAAAUUCGUGGAAACUAUAUUGAUGGAAUUCCGCAAUCAGGAGUGUCAAUUUUGAAGCAAUUAAAAAUAUUGUCACUACCCGAUAACCUGAUCGAGUAUGUACAAGAUAAUGCUUUCCUCUCCUACCACAGUCGCGACUCUCUUCUGAAACUGGACCUAAGCGCAAAUAACCUGACUGCAAUUCACCCAACCGGCCUUCUAGGCUUGGAAAAUUUGUCUCAAUUGUCUUUGGAUAAAAAUCUAUUAUCCGAAAUUCCAUCACAAGCUCUUGAGAACAUUCCAAGUUUAGAGGAUUUGAGCUUGGGAGUGAAUCGGAUUCAUACAAUCUCUAGGAACUCAUUGCCACUGCCAAAUUUGAAAUCAUUGAGUUUGGAAGUCAAUCAGAUUCGCCUCAUUCCGUCUGACAGUUUCUCGGAGACUCCGCUACUUUCCUAUCUCUACCUAGGAAACAAUCUGCUAACCUCUAUCGAUGCUUCCAUGUUCCUCCAUAUUGGAGGGCUGAAGGUUCUUUCAAUGAGCAACAACAAAGAUAUCACAAGUAUCCAAGCUAAUGGAAAGUUAUCAGUACAACAAUUUAAGUUAUGUAUUUGUAUUUUAGCUUUCCAACACGCGCCAAGUUUAAUUCGUUUGGAACUUUUUGAUUGUUCCAUUAGCAGGAUUGAGCCGAAGAGUUUGCAAAAGGUUCAACACAUUCAAGUAAUUUUGCUUUCCAGAAAUCAAAUUACCAGAAUUUCCCAUGACACAUUUUCAAAUUUACCGGAGCUCUCCGAACUUGACUUGAGUGGCAACUCGAUUAACGCAGUUGAUGAUUUUGCGUUCAGUCAGCUUCCUAUGCUAACUUCUCUUGAUUUGAGUAGUAAUCGAUUAGAAUCAUUACCGAGCAAUGUUAUAUACGACUCAUUGAUGCAAAAGAAAACGUCACCAGUUCAAAGAAAACUUUCAAUUCAGAAUAACCCAUGGCGCUGUGACAAAGAUCUAAUGUGGCUACGUAAAUGGCUCCGAGAUAAUGGUGACGUCACUACUGCCGCCAGUAACUCUCCACCAGCAAAGUGCUGGACACCUUCAAACCUUAGCGGACUAGAUUUGCGACAGACUGACUCAAAGCUUCCACACAAAACCACAAAGCCUCCUGUCGAUCAGUUCCAAUAUAAAAAUCAACAAGUUACAAAUUCCAACGGAACUAGUCAGCUGGGAUAUCAAAACCCGCAUACAGAAGUUAAUGGAUUGGCUUUAGUGGGAUUGAUUCUAGGAAUUGUUCUCGUUGUAUUUGUGAGCUGCAUCAUUUUGGGAUAUCUAAUGAGGUUUAUAUUCCUGUCCUAUGAGGCCAAAACCAAACCGAACGUGUUUGGCUCCACGAUCAGCUCAUCAGGAUGCAUUCGAAACAUGUACGGUGGAGAUGGAACCCUCGUGUCAGAAGACCAUGGACAUCCUUCGUCGGCGAAUAACAAUGUUUAUCUCAACCGACCGCGACACUGGUGGUUUUAAUUUGGUUUUUUUUUUGACUUACUUACCUAUAUUUUGUCUUUCCAUAUCCUUUCACUUUUGGUUUCCUAUCCCUUUUCAACAAAUUCCUUGUGUACUGGGGUACUGGGGUACAUGUCGAUCUCUUAUAUCUCAAUUGUUUAAUGUCGCAAUGAAAAUGUCUGUGAGUCAUCAA